CCACGUAACUUAGGCUCCUGUGGCGCCAAAAUGUCGCUCGUAGCGGGGGUUAUUCGGCGGUUGGACGAGACAGUGGUGAACCGCAUCGCGGCAGGGGAAGUUAUUCAGCGGCCGGCUAAUGCCAUCAAGGAGAUGAUUGAGAACUGUUUAGAUGCAAAAUCCACCAGUAUCCAAGUGGUUGUUAAAGAGGGAGGCCUCAAACUGAUUCAGAUCCAAGACAAUGGCACUGGGAUCAGGAAAGAAGAUCUGGAUAUUGUGUGUGAGAGGUUCACUACAAGUAAACUGCAGUCCUUUGAGGAUUUAGCUAGUAUUUCUACCUAUGGCUUUCGGGGUGAGGCUUUGGCCAGCAUCAGCCACGUGGCUCAUGUUACUAUUACAACCAAAACAGCUGAUGCAAAGUGCGCCUACAGAGCAAAUUAUUCAGAUGGAAAGCUGAAAGCUCCUCCUAAACCAUGUGCAGGCAAUCAGGGGACCCAGAUCACGGUGGAGGACCUUUUUUACAACAUAUCCACGAGGAGGAAAGCUUUAAAAAAUCCAAGUGAAGAAUAUGGGAAAAUAUUGGAAGUUGUUGGCAGGUAUUCAAUACACAAUUCAGGCAUUAGUUUCUCAGUUAAAAAACAAGGUGAGACCGUAGCUGACGUUAGGACACUGCCCAGUGCCACAAGAGUGGACAAUAUUCGCUCCAUCUUUGGAAAUGCUGUUAGCCGAGAACUGAUAGAAGUUGGGUGUGAGGAUAAAACCCUAGCCUUCAAAAUGAAUGGCUACAUAUCCAAUGCAAAUUACUCGGUGAAGAAGUGCAUCUUCUUACUCUUCAUCAACCAUCGUCUGGUAGAGUCAGCUUCCUUAAGAAAAGCCAUUGAAACAGUGUAUGCAGCAUAUUUGCCCAAAAACACACACCCAUUUCUGUACCUCAGCUUAGAGAUCAGCCCCCAGAACGUGGAUGUCAAUGUACACCCCACAAAGCAUGAAGUUCACUUCCUGCACGAGGACAGCAUCCUGGAGCGGGUGCAGCAGCACAUUGAGAGCAAGCUCCUGGGCUCCAACUCCUCCAGGAUGUACUUCACCCAGACUUUACUACCAGGUCUUGCUGGCUCCUCUGUGGAGGUGGUUAAAUCCACAACGGGUGUGACCCCCUCAUCUACUGGAAGUGGCGACAAGGUCUACGCCCACCAGAUGGUCCGCACAGAUUCACGGGAACAGAAGCUCGAUGCCUUUCUGCAGCCCAUGAGCAAGGCUCUGUCCAGUCAGCCUCAGGCCAUUGUCCCAGAAGACAGGACUGAUGCUUCCAGUGGUGGGGCUGGGCAGCAAGAUGAGGAAAUGCUUGAACUCCCAGAGCCUGCUCAAGUGGCUGCCACAAAUCAGGGCACAGAGGUGGAUGUGACAGAGGGGACCUCGGAAAUGUCAGAGAAGAGAGGUCCCUCUUCCAGCCCAGGCAACCCCAGAAAGAGGCCUCGGGAAAGCUCUGAUGUGGAAAUGGUGGAAGAUGAUUCCCGAAAGGAAAUGACAGCAGCGUGUACCCCUCGGCGCAGGAUCAUCAACCUCACCAGUGUGCUGAGCCUCCAGGAAGAAAUUAACGAGCGGGGACAUGAGACGCUCCGAGAGAUGCUGCAUAACCACUCCUUUGUGGGCUGCGUGAAUCCGCAGUGGGCCUUGGCACAGCAUCAGACCAAGUUAUACCUUCUCAACACCACCAAACUGAGUGAAGAACUGUUCUACCAGAUACUCAUUUAUGAUUUUGCCAAUUUUGGUGUUCUGAGACUCUCGCACCCGCUGUUUGACCUGGCCAUGCUCGCCUUGGAUAGUCCUGAGAGUGGUUGGACGGAGGAAGAUGGUCCCAAAGAAGGACUUGCUGAGUACAUUGUUGAGUUUCUGAAGAAGAAGGCUGAGAUGCUUGCAGACUAUUUCUCUUUGGAAAUCGAUGAGGAGGGGAACCUGAUUGGAUUACCCCUGCUGAUCGACAACUACGUGCCCCCUUUGGAGGGUCUGCCUAUCUUCAUUCUUCGACUAGCCACAGAGGUGAACUGGGAUGAAGAGAAGGAAUGUUUUGAAAGCCUCAGUAAAGAAUGUGCUAUGUUUUACUCCAUUCGGAAGCAGUAUAUAUCUGAGGAGUCAACCCUCUCAGGCCAGCAGAGUGAAGUGUCUGGCUCCUCUGCAAAGCCCUGGAAGUGGACUGUGGAACACAUCGUCUAUAAAGCCUUCCGCUCACAUCUUCUGCCUCCCAAACAUUUCACAGAAGAUGGAAAUAUCCUACAGCUUGCUAACCUGCCCGAUCUGUACAAAGUCUUCGAGCGGUGUUAACCACGCUCACUUGCAGACUGAGCGGUGCGGUUCUUGCACGGUGUCCUCACAAGGGUAGGUCUUAUGGAUGAAGACUCCCGUUUGCCCUCUAACUAGGAGCACUCUUUCACGCUUGGUGGAUCAACCAGAAAUAAAUUGUCAGAUGUGUCCUAACAUGAUUUCUUAUUUAACUUCACUAUACUUGAAAGGUUUUCUCGGUCCAUUUUCACCUACAGUAUACCUGAUUGGGUUGAAGAAUCCAAAACUGGUUUGAAAGCCGUCUGGGCAUCUGGUAAGAAUUCUAAGAAGGCCUUGAAGAUUUUAUAAAUCUUGCUUUGGUUUGAUUCUUUGUGUAUUCUGGUAAAUUUCUAAUAUCAACUGAUACAGAUUACGUUGGUUCACAUGCCUUGGAAAAGAGGUCCCGAACAUGUAAGAGGCUCUGGUGACACUGAGUAUGGAGAAAGCUGAAUUGAUAAUCUGUUACUACUGUAUGUAACCAAAGCUAAUUAAUUUGUAAUGAAAAAAAAAAACUUGAGAGAAGGCAGCGGUCCUGAUGGAGUCUAUAACUGGUGUGCACUUUAAGUGAGCCCCCUUUGUUAAUGGAUCUGAAUCCUACCAGCUUAAGAUAAAAUUCUAGUUAUUCUUGUCUGAAGGAUGACCUAAAAACACAAACUUAAGCUGUACAUGCCAAUACAAUAAGCUGCCUUAACAGAAAUGUGCAGUGAGCAUGGGGAGGAAGAACGCCUACAGUACUGAGGUAAAAUCCAGAUUACAAGACUCAGUGAAGAACAUUCCAUGGGAAAGAACAGGGAACUUUACCUAAUGAAGACAUGAAGCCAUUCCCUUUGGAAGAGAAUGGGACAACAGAAGAGACAAAUUUGUUGUUCCACAAAAAGGGUGAGGUCAGGUUCUACCACAUAGAACUUCCAAAAAGUCAACAGGCCGGCUCAGCAGUGGGGCUCAGUGAGCCCAGCAGGGCACAGGCUGAGCAGCCCAGCUGUGGGGCUCCAGGACCUCGCUGCCUCAGCCCUCUCCCGCAGCUCCCGCACGGGUGAUUGCUGCUGUGACUAGAGAAAAUUUAUAGGAGAUUAGGAAAUCCCCUCCAUCCAGGACAGUGGUUUCCAUAUUUUAAAAAUAAGCUCAUUGCUCUGAAGAAGGAGGUAAUUCGUAGAGAUUUUCUUCACAUUCAAGUUAGCUUUAGUAUCUAGUUUAAAGUCUAAACUUUCAGUUUCUCUCACGUGCCUUUAAUUCAUUAGACUUCCCCCAGCAUUUGUUCUGAAGAUACAGCUGCCAUCUCCAUAAAACCACCUCGAUUCUGAGGGCAAAAGAGGAUCACAAAUCCUGAAGAGUGGCCGUACUAGAUGAUAAAAGCCCCUUGAACCGGGUGCCUUUACAGAUGAAACUGAACUUCUUAAAAAGCCGUAUAUUCCAGAUCAUUCUCCUUGUGGAGGAGAGAAAAGAAGAGGGGGCAAGAGGGGUGGGUAUGGCUGCCUUGAGGUGUUUUAAAGGCUCCUCCAACAAAAAUGAAUGUGUCAGUAGCCAGCUGUGGUCAGCAAGAGGGUGCGUUUAAUAGAGUCUUCAGGCCGGCCUCCCCCCUUCCUGCCCCCCCCCCACCGGGCUCGUCUGAGGUUUCUUCCAUAAUCAGCAGCAGAUGAGAUACUUUACAUGAGAUACAGCACAGUUGAUGUUGAAGACAAACGGCCCUACUCUUACUUUAAGAGUGUGAGGCUUUGGACUUUCCCGGCCACAUGCAAUAAAGCAAGUUUUAUAUACACUCCCCAUAUCUUUUUCUAACAUUUUCUUAUAUAAAUUUAAAUAUUUUACAAAAAAAGGCUUUUUACUCCAAACAUAGAAAUUUGAGUGAAACAUAUAUUCCCCACCUGUGAACUUGUUUCUUCACUAAAAUAUAAAUGCUAUCUGAUAUUAAGGGUAAGUGUCUUUUGAGUGCUGGAGAUGACUGACGUCUGAAUUGCACCAUGGAGAAGGCACUUGUGUUUUCCGAGGUCUCCAGCCAAGUUAUCUCAUUGGGCACUCACAGAGUCGCUGUCCUCCGGAACCCGUGCCAAGGCCUCUGAGUGCCCAGUCACUGAGGCAGCUGGGGAAAAAUGGUGAGUAAACUUGAUUCUAAAAUUAUGUAAAUAAAAAAUAAAAACAGCAUGGACCAGUUCUUAGUCUAGAAUCAAACUACAAACGAAAUCCAAAGUGUUCAUUCAUGAAGAUUCAAACCUUUUUCAUUCUCUCAUAAAUUAUAAAAUACAAAGGUGGCUAUUUUAAUGACAAAACUCAAACAGUACUGAAGGGGGUCUGUGUCAAUGGACAAAAAGUCAGUCCCUCUGGGAGGGGCCCCAGGAGCAGCACCCGAACUGGACAGUGGCCUCCUACUGCUGGGCCAGAAGUGCUGUCCUGUUGGCCUUCAUCUUCUCCAGCCGCUUGGCCAGGUGGCUGUUGGUCAUCUCCAUCUCUUCAAUCUUGUCCAGUGCUGUUCGUAACUGCAGACAGGGAGAGCCCAGUCACCUCAUGGUCACACAUGAACCCCACUGCCACUUGAGUCAUCUCCCCCCACCCCCGGGAAAUGGAAGCAUUGCCAGCUCGGCCUUGCAUUGCACCCCGCGGCCUUGUCUCUUCCGCCAGCUGGCGGUGCCGAACAGGGACACUGAGCCUCCGUCCCAGAAAGGACAGACAACGGGUGGGGAAACAGACUGGCUCUACAACAAAAGGGAGACCUAUCCUUUCUCUAGUCUCUAACUGACCAAAACCUAAAAGUAAAUGGCCGUCACUGCGCAGGUCAAAAACCAACACUGAAGAGUAAGAGACUCCAUUGCUGUUGCCUUAAGACUGGACCCAGGAUCCAAUUCCUUAUGGAGUGAAGGAUCUUUUCUUUGUAGGAAAGUGAGCAAGCAAAAGCAGGUACCUCUCGCUGUAGCUUCCUCUUUUCUGCCUUCAGUUCGUCUUCCACUUUCUCAGCGUUCUCCGCGGCGGUCUUGUACCUCAGCACCUGGCCCUCGAGCCGGCUGAUCUGUCAACAAGAGAACACGGGCCUCUGCUUAUGGGCACCAGGAGCCCCGUUCUCGCAGCCACAUGGAAACACAGUGUCAUUACAAAUCCCAAGUCACCCCUCACAGUGAGUCAUACGGCCUUUCAGAACCCGACAGCUAUUUAUAGAGCAAGAAAUGUCCCUGGAGAGGAUUACAGCUGGAGAGUCAUUAUAGAGCCAAUUUCCCAUGUUAAGUUUAUGGUGAACAUACUGUUAAAGUGCCAAAGUUACAUGACAGGACAAGACUCACUAAAUGGAAAAGCUUUUAGACUCUCUAGAAUAUACAAUAAGGGAUUUUCAAACUACAGUCUUCCUGAAGUCUCUUGAAAUACCUGGAAAAAAACCAGAAUUAUAGCUAUUGUCUUCUACGUUUUACAGCUAACAGAAGGCUUAAGUGUCCUGCCAGGUUCUCUCUGCUGGCUUUUCUACUUGACCCCACUGUAGAGGCAGCCCAAAGAAACCAGGGUGCUCCUGGAGUUAGCCACUCAGAUGCAGGAAGUUUCGAAGGGAGUGUAAAUCACUUGGUAGCACACUGAAGAAGUACUUACAUUCUGCUCCAACGUGGUUAUAUCCUGUUCUGCCUUUGAAAGCUUAAAUUUAUAAUCACUAAUUUGUCUAUUGG